AUGGACGACGCCUCGGUGCACACCGCGGCUGCCUGGGUGCGCGAUACCACGUCGCGCCUAUGGGCCUGGGGACGUACGCAGGCUCACCAGCUCACCGAGUCCCUGAAUGAAUACGGCCCACCUACGGCCCUGGAACAUGCACGAUCGUACAUCGCAUCGUCGCUCGAUCAGCUGCCGUCGUGGACCGCAUCCACUACACCGCCACCACCCCCACCCCCAUCGCGUCGUAUCGAUACGUGGAUCGCUUCUCUCCCUGCAGCUUCCACCAUGGGCUGGGCGCUGGGCGGUGCGACAGCUCUUGGUCUAGGCUACGUGUACGGCCCGCGCGUCUACACGGCGUGGACGCGGCCUAGGACACCGCCCCAAGGCGCUCUCACCACAGACGGAACACGUACCCAGGCCGUGAUUGUGCUUGGCGCCGACUCGCCUCUCGGUCGUGCAUUGGUCCUCUACUUGGCAGAACGUCGUUUGAUUGUCUUGGCCUCUGUAGCGUCCGACGAAGCUCGUCACGAGCUCGAGCGCGACGUCCCAAGUUCCAGUCAGGGAUACGUACGUGUGUUCUGCUUCGACGCAGGCACCGCCAACGAGAACGACGAGACGCAGUUCAUUCACGCCCUCCAUUCGACCCUCUGCUUGCGGUUCCCCCUCACGCAGACAGGCGAUCCCUAUUCACGGCCUGGUGCAACAAUCGACGUGCUGGGCAUGAUCAAUGUGCAAAGUCUUGCACGCAAUGUCCCACAGACAGCACUCGAUAGCGCUCUGCAUCAGCAUGUCACAGCGCCGCUACGCACGCUGCAUCGGGCCUUCGGGCUCAUGACGCACGCGCCCCACCGCAUGCCGUCUACACACCGACCUGCUCUCUUUCUCUCGUUCAUCUCGCGCUCAGAUGCGCAAGUCACAAGGCCGGACCAUGGCGCGGAGGCGCUGAUUGCGAACGCCGUGCAAACGGGCAUGGAUGCGCUGCGUCGCGAAUGGCAAGCGUCGUACGUAUCCACACGGACGUCCCACUCAAAGGCCACGCCAGCGCUACGGCCCAUUACCUUCACGACCUUGCAAGUGGACACCAUGGCACCUACUACGUCGGUGCUCUCUACGACCGCAAACCUCCUCCUUUCGCCGCCCAAGACGGUGGCACGUACGUACAAACUGUACAGCCUCUCGUUCUGGCGACGCAUCCUGUCACGGCUGUCGGAUCUCGGUCUACUGCUCUUGCCCACGUCGUGGGUCGAUAUCAUCGUCACGACCAACGCUCGCUUCACACGGUACCAACGCGAGGCAUCGAAACGACGCCCCGCGUCCAAACAUGAUCCACCGCCACCAUGCUUACGGCCAGGGUCGUGUUCCUAG